GAUCUUGCAGGUAUGGCUUCCACACCAUUAUUACGAUGCCAUGAUCUUGUUUAUCGGUAUGGCUCGGAAACGGAGAGCAAGAAAAAUGUCCUGAUCCGCAGGUAACUGUCGCGGCAGUGUCGGUAGUAUUAAAGGGCAAAAAUGCUCACCACACCGUCAUAAUCUUGAUCUCUCCUUACUGACAUCUUUAAAUCGUGCGUACAAGUAGUCUUGCUGUGCGACACUCAUACCCUCAAAAGUCUCAUCAGCUGCACCAUUUGUCUUACACUGCUCUGUGACCACCCGCAAAAGCAUUUUGUGACCGGUCACAAAUAUCUUGUUCUUUGUUGCAUCUUUUGAUUGCAUCUCUUGCGUUCGAGCUUCCAUCUCUUACAACGCUUCUCUAUCCUCAUCGUCAGAACGGCCAUCUCUCAAUAUCAACUACGACUGGCUUGAUCUAUGCCGCUUGGUCGUGCGUCUACGAGCAUCUCGGCAGCGCUCUUGCUCGCCGCUCUUCCCUUGGUGACCGCUCAUGGCGACGAGCAUGAGCACUCCGGGAUGGCGAUGGACAUGAAGACCGCGCACAUCAACACGACAGUAGCAGCAGCAGCAUCGGCUGCUGUAAGCAACUACUUCCGGUUUCCAGAAUUUGCAGGCUGGAUGUACGCGCACAUAGCUCUGAUGACAAUCGCAUGGGCUGUCGUUCUCCCCCUUGCUGUUAUGUUCAGUAUAGCUCGCUCGCGCUUCACGAUACCAGCACAGUUUGCAUUCUUGGCUGUGAAUGCCGUCGGGCUGUUCUCCAGCAUCAUUUACGACGCGAAGACUCCGGAUCUCUACCCGAACAAUGCACACCAUAAGAUGGGGUGGGCUGUCACUUGGAUCGCAGUCGCGUGGUUCCUGAUGACAUUCGUCAACUUGUACAUGGCAAUAUCCGAGAGAGUCAAGCAGAGGCAUGAGAUGACUACCGAUAAUAUUGCGCAAUACGAUCGUCUGCAAGAGCAUAGGUGGUCGGGAGACUCGGGUCAUGAUUCGGCGACCCUCUGUUCUGGAUCGCGCUCGCCGAGUUCGGACUCUGUACCACUGCACAAGUUCGAGACUCCUGAGGAUGGCGACGGGGAUUUAGUAUCGGAAGAGCAAGGCUUCAUCCAGAAGAAUCCCGUCGAUCGCUUCCUUUCGCGCAGGGUCCCUCGCAUAUCGUCUGUACGAGCACUCACCGCCUUCAGGGUCGUGUCUACUCUCAUCGAGCGUUGCAUGCCAGUCCUUGGGUCUGUGAGCUUAAUAAGUGGCGGUGUUGUAUUCGGCGGUAUCUACCGCGACCGUCUUAUCUUCUCUGGUAUGGCACAUGCGGUCAAAGGCGGUAUCUUCUUCUGGUACGGCAUCUUGACUCUGGGGAGAUGGAUGGGUGCAUUCUCGGAUUUUGGCUGGGCUUGGAACGUCAAGCCUCGACACCCGAUGGUUUCUCGCUUCGCGGCCGGACUCCCCUCCGCCGAGUUUGUAGAAAGCUUUGUGAUAUGGUUGUACGGUGCCAGCAAUGUGUUCCUCGAGCAUCUAAAUGCUUGGGGCAAGCCUUGGAGCGCUCAAGAUCUCGAGCACGUCAGCAUCACCAUCAUGUUCUUUGGUGGUGGCUUGAUGGGCAUGCUCAUCGAGAGCGAAAAGGUCAGAACCCUUUUCAACACCUCAGUAUCGACAUGGCAGGAAGAGGCUGCACACUAUGGAGACGCCGCCGAGAAGGAACUUCAAGAGUGGGACGUACCGAAGACCUACAAGACUAGCCUCAACCCAAUGCCCGGCCUUGUCAUCAUGCUACUUGGCAUGUCCAUGUCUGGCCACCAUCAGCAUAGCAUGGUCUCAACAAUGAUGCACCAGCAAUGGGGAACUUUAUUCAUGGGCUUUGCCCUGGCUAGAGCAGCCACCUAUAUCCUGCUCUUCCUUGCUCCACCAGUCUCUUUCUUCCCGUCACGACCUCCGACUGAGCUGAUCGCCAGUGAGAAUGUUUUGAUCAUCUGAUGAUGCCCCUACCUCUUCCUCUUCCAAUGCCAGAGCCUCUUGUAGAUGCAGGUAUGCCACCGCCUCUUAGACCGCGAGCGGCAGGCGUGCCCCUUCCUCUAGAUAUGGAGCUGGCGCCGCGAGUCCGGGACGAAGUGGUGGAUGGAGGAACCAUGGUAGAUCUGUUCGUACGCGUCGUCUUUGGAGUAGGAGGAUUUUCGACGAAACUGGUAUCGGUAGUA